CACUCGGUUUAAAGGGGAAAGUUGGUCUGUUGCGUCGUGUUUUUCUUUCACGGUCCGUUUUCUUCACAAACCUCAUUUCAUAUUAGCAGUCACUCUUUCGGCUCUUUACAGAGAUUUAAAACUUGUUUGACUGCCGCAAUUAUUAGCCUGCAUGUCUCCAUUGAGUGGUCUGCUACUAUUAUCUUGUGUGUCGAUGGAUCGACACCCAGAAAUUACCACAGCUGGAACUUGACCGUCUAAUAAGCAAACGUUUGACGUCCUCAUCAUCCCUUUCGCAACGUGAUUGCGGCUGGGAAAUUAUCGGAAUUUUUAUUUUCAUCUGUUUUAUACGCGUUCCGCUGUGGAAUUUUGAUUCGUAUCGAUUCAUCUGGAAAUUAUCACCGAAACGGAUAAACCGCAGUUUAUUCCUUCAUGAACACUAAUUUUGCUGUUGAUUUGCACUGAUUACGCGUUGGUGGUACAGGAAUACGCGAUCGUUGCGCUGAGAUUUUUUUGUUGAUCAGCUUUGUGGAUUUGUGGAUUAUCAAACAAACCACGACAAUCAAAUUCAAGAAAAUGAAGUGAAGCUUGCGAUCAGAAAGCAAGCAGUAGCAAGGGAGGCUUUUCGCUGGGAAACUGUGUGGCAUGUGGAAGUGAGAGCAAAACUAACCAGCCACGAUGACAACACAGGAACUGUAUUCCAAGGGAACGCCGGUAUGGGUGCCCAGCGAGGAGACCGUGUGGCAGACGGCCACUCUGUUGGAGGACUAUCGGACCGGAAGCCAGACGCUGGAUGUCAGGCUGGAGGAUGCUGCGACGCGGAGCUUGAAGAUAAGCUCGGAAAAGGAUCUUCCACCGCUGCGCAAUCCCGACAUCUUCUCCGGUCACAACGACCUGACGCAGCUCAGUUAUCUGCACGAGCCGGCAGUGCUGCACAAUUUGCAAGUGCGCUUCACCCAGCACAACUCCAUCUACACCUACUGCGGCAUUGUUCUGGUGGCCAUCAAUCCGUAUCAGGAGCUCUUUAUCUACGACCAGAACACCAUGGAGACGUACCGCGGCAGUGCUAUGGACGAGUUAGAUCCCCACAUCUUCGCCAUUGCCGAGGAGGCCUAUACGAAAAUGGAGAGGUGCGAUUGCGCGGUAAACGGUCAGUAAAGUGCCAAAUAUGCCAUGCGUUACUUCGCCUCCGUCAACGGUUCCACCACGGAGACCAACGUGGAGAAACGUGUCUUGGCCACAAAUCCCAUCAUGGAGGCUAUCGGUAAUGCCAAAACAACCCGUAACGACAACAGCAGUCGGUUUGGUAAAUUCAUCGAGAUUGACUUCGAUAAGCGUUUCACCAUUACCGGAGCGAAAAUGCGGACGUACCUGCUGGAAAAGUCCCGUGUAGUCUUUCAGAGCGCACAAGAGAGGAACUAUCAUAUUUUUUAUCAGUUGUGUGCCGCCGCCAACGAUCUCCCGGAUCUGCAUUUAGGCGCAGCCGAACAGUUUCGCUAUACCAAUCAAGGCGGCAACACGGAAAUCGACGGUGUGGAUGAUUACGAAGAUUUCCGUACGACCUGUGAUGCACUGGACUUGUUGGCCUUUCCCAAGGGUGACCAAGACGUUGUCUUCCGCAUACUGGCGUCCAUUCUGCAUUUGGGUGAUAUUCGAUUCUUUUCCAAGGAUCAUGAAACAUGUUCCAUAGAGAUUGAUGAUGUGCAUUUGGCCAUUUUUUCCCAACUCCUGGGCAUCAACGCCAACCAGUUGAGCACGUGGCUGACGCGGCGCAAACUGGUCACCGGACGCGAACAGAUGAUCAAGCCGCUAAAGCUGCAAGAGGCGGAAGCGGGUCGCGAUGCAUUCGCCAAGCAUAUCUAUGCCCGAUUGUUCAACUGGGUGGUGGCGCAUGUCAAUAAGAAACUCAUUCCCGAACGCCAACCGCACCAUUUCAUCGGUGUUCUGGAUAUUUACGGGUUCGAGACGUUUGAGCGGAACAGUUUCGAGCAGUUCUGUAUCAAUUACGUCAACGAGAAGCUCCAACAGCAGUUCGUUAUCCAUGUAUUCAAGUUGGAACAAGAGGAAUACAUUAAGGAAGAAAUCGAAUGGGUGAUGAUUGAUUUCUUCGACAACCAACCCUGCAUCGAUUUGAUUGAAGGGAAACUGGGUAUUCUGGAUCUCCUCGAUGAGGAAUGCAAAGUUCCGAAAGGCUCCGAUCAGUCCUGGGUGCAGAAGAUGUACACCACCGCCAAGGAGCGCGAAAAAUCCGACAAAGCCUGGAAGUACUUCGAAAAACCCCGCUUCUCCAACGAAUCCUUCAUCGUCGUCCACUUCGCCGACAAAGUAGAGUACGACUGCAAUGGAUUCCUGGAUAAGAACCGCGACACGAUGAACGAGGAAUUCGUCAACCUUCUCCGCGCCAGUGAUUACACCCUGGUGGCACAACUCUUUGCCGACACCCCGGAAAGUGCCGGUAAGACGCCGGACAAGACGAAAGUCGUCCCGCAGAAGAGCGGUCAAGGGCAGAAGAUGAACACGCAGUCGGUGGGGUCGCAGUUUGAGGAUUCGCUGAAGGCGUUGAUGGCAACGAUGACCAAGACGACGCCGCAUUAUGUCCGCUGUAUCAAGCCCAAUGACGAGAAAGCUGCUUUUGAGUUCGAUCCUAAACGGGCUAUUCAGCAGCUGAGAGCGUGUGGUGUGCUAGAGACCAUUAGGAUCAGUGCGGCGGGAUUCCCCUCCAGAUGGACGUAUAAAGAUUUCUUUCUGCGCUAUCGCGCCAUGUGCCACAGCAAGGAGAUUGACCGGAAGAAUAUCCGCAAGACCGUGGAGAUCAUUGUGCGGAAACUGAUUACGGAUCCGGAUAAGUACAAACUCGGCAAAACCAUGAUAUUCUUCCGUGCUGGACAAGUCGCUUACAUGGAGAAACUGCGGUCAGAACGCCGCAUGGCCUGUGGAUUGCUCAUACAAAAGAGCAUUCGCGGGUGGUUGGCCAGGAAGAAGUUCCUGCAGCUACGCAGUAUAGCGAUCAAAAUCCAAACUAUGGCGCGCGGAUAUCUUGCCAGAAGGCAUUAUCAAGAGAUGCGCCGCACUGCCGCUGCUACCACCAUCCAAGCAGCGAUACGGGGAUUUUUGGCUCGGCGGCGCUAUGCGAAAAUCCACAAAGCCACAGUAUUACUGCAAUCCCUGGCGCGUGGACGAGCGGCUCGACUGCGAUAUAUGUCGGCAUUACGGCACAAGAAAGCCAUCGUCAUCCAGAAACACGUGCGUGGAUGGUUGGCGCGCAGAAAAUACCAGAAAACGCUGCGGAGAAUUGUGCUGGUGCAGUGCUGCAUCCGCCGGCACCUGGCUCGCAAGCAGCUCAAGACGCUCAAGGUGGAAGCACGCAGUGUCGAGCAUGUUAAGCAACUCAACAAAGGACUGGAGAAUAAGAUUAUUCAUUUGCAACAGAAAGUGGAUGAACUGAACGGUGAACUGGUUCAACGCCGCAAACUGGACGAGGAGAUCCGUGAGCUGCGCGCCCGUGCCGCCAUGGUCAAACAGCUCGAACACGAACUCCACCAGAAAGCGCUGGAAGCCCAGACCAUCGCGCACCAGAUGGACGAUCUGCGCAAAACCCUCACCCACGAGCAGAAACACGCGGAGGCCCUAAACGGCGAGAUCAGCAACUACAAAGCCGUCCUGGCUGAUCGGGAGGCCAAGCUGGGUCACCAGGCGGAGCAGCAUACCGACGCGCUGCAGAAACUGAAGCUGGAGAAUCAGGCGCUGCAUGAAGUCUCCAAGAACCGCAGCGACGUGGUGAUGCGGGAGUUUGAAGAGCGCAUUGAGACGCUACAGCGGGAGGUGGCGGAGGAACGCGAAGGCCGACAGCGGGUGGUCAAUGAUCUGGAUCGCUGGAAACAGCGACAUGCCAAUCUGGAGGAUCAGCUGAGAAUGGAAGGUGGUUCUCGGCGCGGUCACAAUCGCAGCCCGUCGGAUGUCAGCACGGGCAGUGUGGCUAGUUUGGAUAGUGCGUCCACCGGCAUGCUACCGGAAAUUGGGGAUGAUGGCUAUUCGACGCAGCGGUCGAAGAACACUGCGGGCAAACGCGGCAAGACCGACUGGACGUUGUCUCCCGAUAAGAUGCGCGAACUGCCGGGUUUUGCUGGGCUGGGUGACGAAGCACUGGAUUUGCAAAGUUUGAGUGGAGAGUUGACCAGUGCCGAAGAGGAGCUGCAGAACAUAAAAAUCGAGAACCAGACACUGAAGCAUCAACUGCAAAUCCGCCCGGCACCGGAUGAAGUCAUCAGUGAGAAGCUGCGUCGUUUAUUGGAAGAGAAUUUGGCGCUGCGGCAGUGUGCCCGGCAGGCGCUGGAUGGAUUUGAAGGACGUCUAAACGAAGAACAGCGAAUCGAGCUAAUCCAGGCCCUGCAGAAUCUAGUAGAACUGAACAUCAACGGUGCUGGCACGAUGGCCAACGUUCUGGUGGAGGAUGUGAGCAGUUUAGACGGAUCGUCGUUGAAUCAGCUGUUCUACUCGCUGCGCGAAGCACUCACCAUCCAGGCGACGGAGACCAGUCAGCUGGUGCAGGGACGCAACCAGCUCAGCAACCAGUACACGGCGCUUAUUAAGGAGAAUCAGUGCCUGCGGACAGUGGUCAAUAAGAUGGCCAAAGCCGAAAGCGCGCGGAAUGGAAUAAGCGAAUUAGUCACCGACACCACGCAUGUUAUGAUUCAAAACGAACAUCUUCUGAAGGAGAAUAAGGAUCUAAGGAGGAAGAUUCGCACGCUGGAGAAGUCGCUUUACGUGUAUAAUCAGCAAGGCACCACCCCCGCCGACCGCCUGCGCACAUCCUCCCACAACGGCUACCACGUGAACGGCGACGAUCUGCCCGUGAUCUCCAAGAAGGGCGACUUCCAGGGUAUCCUGGAGUACCCCGUGGAGCAGGCGGACCUCCUGGUGCACGCCGUGGUCUCGGUCACCCCGCCGGUGGCCACCGCUUUUACCGUGCCGGGAUUACCCGCCUUCCUCUUGUUCAUGGCGGUACGCUACACCGAUCACGUGGACAAUGAGCGCGCCGUCAAGCAGCUGCUGUCGGCCACGAAGACGGAGAUUGAGGCGGUGCUGAAGAAAAAGAAGGAGCACGUGGAGUAUUUCGCGUUGUGGCUGUUGAACGGGUUGCGGCUGGUGGAUUUGAUGAAGCAGUACGGUGGGGAGGAGAAGUUCCAGAAGGAUAAUACGCCCAAGAUGAACAAGCACUGCCUGAAGAAUUUUGAUCUCAGUGUGUUCCGCGAGCGCUUCCAUGAUCUCUGCUUGAGUAUUUAUCGUUCCCUGGUGCAGCUGAUGGAACGUGAUCUUAAGGAUGAUGCCGCUAAAGCCAUCAUCGAAUACGAGUCAGUAGUCGGUCUGAAGCCGACCGGGCAGACCCUGAGGAAGUGGAAGACAAAGAAUCCGGCGGAAUGUCACCAUUCCAUCCACCGCAAUCUGGGCCGUUUCUUCCACCUGGUCCACGAGGAGCACGCCCUGGAUCCGGCCAUGCUGCGGCAGAUCUUCCGCCAGCUGCUCUACUGCUUAUCCGCGCACUCGGUUAACGUCCUCAUGCAGAGUAACAAGCUCUGCACCUUCACGACGGGAAUACAAAUACGUGCCAACGUGAGUGCCAUUCAGGAAUGGGUCCGCAAUCACGCCAGCGUACUCCACCUGGACGAGGUGAUGUCGGGCAUGGACGCCAUCACGGAGUGCGCGCAAGUGCUGCAGGCCAGGAAAGCCCGCGAUGACGAUAUCGACAAUAUUAUCGGAUUCUGCAAGAUCCUCUCCAAUGCUCAGAUCCUUCGCCUCGUACAAAACUACACGCCAAGCGAAGACUUCGACCGCGUAGAGCCGGAAUUCGUGAAGAAGAUGCAGAAGCGCCUCCUGGAGCGGCAAGAGCCGAACGCUCCCGGUCUGCCCGUUCACACGCCGGGCUCGCCGCCGGUGACGACGUACACGCUGAACACCGACUACAUUUAUCCCGUUGUCUUUCCCUACACGCCCAGCAGCAUCGAGCUGGAUUCCGUGCAGCUGCCCGCCGAGUUGGGCCUGGAUUUUGUUAAGAAGAUUUAAGAAGUCACUGUGCCGGUGUGUCGAUGUUCUCGGGAACGAAAUACCUUUUUGCCAAGUGAUAUUGCGGAAAUCAGUCAGGAUGAAAGGAAUUAUUACAGACCAAAUGUUCUUUCUCCUGUGGAUGUGCUUCCUGUAUCCGUGAAAGUAUUUGAUUGUUGCAUGUUUUGGCCGGCUGGAGAUUAGAUGUGAAUUGUCAUGACAAUGAGCAGCUUUUUUAUGAUGCAUGUAUCGAUCGUUAUUUUUUAUUCUUGAAAUGGAUUAAUGUUGCAGUUUUGUAUCCUUCCUAAUCCGUGUUUUUGAUGUAACCGGUUUGCUAGACUAAGUCUGUAUGUAACCAAAAACUAGAAACGAGGGUUCAUUAAAUCAACGAUAAAUUGUGGGGAA